AUGAAUGUCGAAGCCGGGAGAAUGAACACGCCCACCACCUUAGCGACGAAGCUCCGUGACUCUUGGGUCAUCGUUCUUCACCAUUCCCCUACUUUGCUGCUGGUUGUCGCGUCGACGUACAAACGUGUUCCUGAACUUCGAGGGUAUUGUUUUCUGCGGUGCAUAGACAUAGAGCCCCGUGCUGACCUCGUAACAAGGGAAAGGAGACUUACCAUCAUCAAACUUGCAGAACCAUCUCGACAGCUGUUCAAAGGCAUAACAUAUAUUCUUGGAGACAAGAACAGCUCCCCCUUGCGUCCAUCAAAACACAGCAGACGUGAGGUACCAUUCACUCCCCGUAUCGUUGGUAAGAGUCAGGAAGUGGAAGAACUCUCCCGUGGCUUACUGGAGGAAGGCCCAAUGGAGAAGAGAUUAACGACUAGGCGUAGUCAGUGCUCACUGGUGAUCUCGCCGAAUUUAGACGCAAUGCUAGAGUAUAACGAGAAGGUGCGACGGUCGAAGGGUUUGGCGAGGGCAGCCAGCGUGGGUGCUGUAGUCUCCACGAUAACCAAGACCUCCCCGGUGGCGAGCGGAACCGAAGGACUACCUCCCCCUCCGCGAAAGCCUAGAUGGCCACGGUCACCCACGUUAUCAGAGCGAGAUGAGAUCAAGCACGAGGAGGACGUGACGGACCCAGACCUCGAACCCCACCGAAAUUCGAAUCCCUACAUCAACCCAAUUCCCUGCUUUGAACUUGGCAGUCUAGUUGAAGAUCAGCCUGCGUAUUCCACUACGGCAGUAGAUGGUUCUCAUGCCGACUCUUCUCCGUGGGGCGAAGUUAGUUCUAGACGAGGUCACGGUGCGGAAGGGGGUUCGCCGUCUGGAUCACCGGGUGAUGUCCGGUCAUCGCAAGAUCAUGAUCUCAAGCAACCAUCGUCAGCAACUGAAGCGAGUUCACAACCGCCAUCACCACUGUCGACGUUCGCCAAAGUUGACAACCUAAACAAAUUGUUCGGUAAAAGUUUAAUAAAAAGCAAGAGCGAAAGUAAGAACCACGCACCGAGUCGACCCAGCACCAGUAGCGGCACAGAACGCGCAGAGGUGACUUCGAAGCUAGCUCGCGGCCUCAUUCUCGCAGCUCGAGGAAAAUUUACAGCAGCAUCCAAGAACAAGAACGGCGCCACGGGGAUGGGUCAACAUGAGACACCAAUCUUGGACAUCCGCCGAGUCGACGAUGCAGGCUUUGGACACCGAGUCGGCGGAGGUGGCCCUGCGCGGGCUCUGUACCUUUCCCACGAUUCUCCUUCAUCAGCACCGAGCGCAUCCCUCUACUCAGACGAAGACAGCCCCAGUCGCUCCUCUCUCUACGACCAUCACGACGACCACAGGAUCAGCAUUUCCAGCACAAUAUACCCUUCAUCCUCCUCGCAUAUCCACCCAGCACGCCUCACCCCGCUCUUGCUGCCCCCAGACAGAAUGUCUAGCCUCAGAAAUCUCAUGAGCGGCCAUCGCAGCGCGGUAUCUCUAGAUCAUGAUGUGGAACGAGAUUCAUUCAUUGAUUUGGUGUCGCCGCCAGCCCAAGUAGGCUCUUUCCCGCCCAAUGAUCCGCGCACGGACCCCAAACCUACUUCGCGACCAUCUACACCGACGGCGCACCUUAGAUCCUCCUCGGAGGAAGGCAACGCGCAACCUUCUCCUUCGAGCUACUCCAUGUUCGCGAAGAAGCCUCGUGGUCGCUCUCGAUCGCCGAAGCCCCCUAUACCUAAUACGCCGAAACCGAUCUUUAACCGUCCGACCACGCCACUUGGGAUAUCUACGUUACUUUCAGCUUCACCAAAACCGUCGCCCGCACCUUCGCCGCUCGAUACCCGUUCCAUCAGCGAUUCACUUCCUUCCACCACUAAUCUCCUGAAUCCCGAAGAGCGAGCUGAGCGUAUACGGAAAUCACAGAAGCUCGCCCAGGUCUUCGGUCAAACUCCUGGCCCUGACGUCCUAAACCAACAAUGUGUCAAUCUACAGGGCCAGUCUCUGAAGCAGCGCGUCCAGCAUAGUCGUGGCUCCGCUUCUGUAUCUGUUGGCAAGGAACCCUCCAAGCCAGCGUGGCCUCCGCCAGAGGGUACUCAAUAUAUUACUGCUCGAGGCCGGAGGCAUUCAAACCCCCUGGUCACGGAGGAUGUGUCUUUCCUCGACGAUGAUAGUUUGAACCAGGAUAGCGUUGACGAUCUUGAUGACUCUAACAAAGACCACCACUCAGAUCAUGCGAUUGAGAUUGGCACAGAGGAAGGCGUGCCGUCGAGUGACUGGGAUGGCCGGAUACAUCAGAAUACACAAGAUCAGAAGAUACGUCCAGAUUCCCCCACAUCUUUCAUCGAUCUAUCAGACGCAGAUGAUACACUCGACAACGAAGGCACCUCCGCCAGCAUCAUUGGUCCUGAUCCCAUCUCUGGAGACAGCAUUUCCGGCAGACGCCGCACCAGAGCACUGUCUGCCGCGCUAUCUUUAUAUGAGAAUAUGUCCCCAGAGGAGCAAGCUGAGGAGGAAAGGAGGCGCAAACGCGAGAAGCUCGCCAAAUUGCACAGGUUUUUAGGCUCACGGGUGCCUGCGAAUCUUGCUCUUGGAUUGCCUGGUGACCCAAGCGACUCCUUACCACCUCUCACCUUCGCCACGAACCCCGAUCUGGACAUCGAUACUAAACUCGAUUCUCCCAUGCUUCUCCCCACGGACGACUUGUCCAGGAAAAUGUGGUUACGACGGCGGCGAAGCAGUAGUGCAGCUGCACUCCCGACGUCUUGGUCAGACGACAUAGAUCGCGUGAAGGAAGAUCUCAAUGAUAGGGAGAAAUCUAUCAACGUUAAGAGAGCGCAGAAAAUGGAACGGCUAUUUGGAGUCGCCCCUCCUCAAACUCUCUAUCACACCCGACACGCUCCAUCACCAUCACUCCCUGUUGGUCCUGCGCGUACCUUUGCCUUGAAUACUCCGCCUGAGUCCCCAGUGGUUCCGAACCUCAAGAGCAACAACCAAUUCUCGACCACCGCUGCCACCAAGUCGGGCUCGUUCCCAUAUCCUAAGCCUAAGCUCAGGAAAUCCGAACGGCCCGGUACUUCAGAAUCUAGCAAACUGCUCCUUCCAAGCAAAGGCGGCUCCAUCUCCGAAGAACCUCAGUCUCGCUCACCACCGUCCGCUGUCAAUCCAGUCCUUCUCAGGUCCAAUGUCUAUUCUCACUAUCAACAUUCCUUGAACUCGUUAAACGACAUCAUUGAUAGAGAUGACAAAGAGUCCUUAGCUGAACUCCAUGAAUACCUCCAUUCUGCCGACGACGAUGCUACCUCUUCCCCAGGCCCUUCUCCAACAACGCUCCAAGAGUUUGCUCGUUCAGCGCUCCCACUUAACCGUAAACUCUCGACUGCGUCCAUCAAGUCCGAACGGCGCCGUUCUCUCCCUGCUCGCACAUCUCUUGCAACUAUCUCCACCGACUUCUCUGCAGCCUCGGACUACUUCCCCUCCUCUACCGGCCUCCACAACCGCGCCAGCUUGAUCAGCAUCACCACCCCCAAACCCGAAAUCACUGAUUUCCAACUUCGUAGACGGCGGGCGGCCAAGUUGACCCAGUUCUUUGGCGUGAACUAUCGUGAAUUGAUCCACGAUAUCCUGGAGAGUAUAGAAAAGGGUCUAGAGGACGAACGCAAACGUGGCACCCUCCAGCCCGACGAAGUCGAGGAUCUUUUGCAAAAGCUUCGUACCCUUCGCACGAAGCGUGGCAAGAUAUUUUAG